AUGGAAUCCCAAGGCAAUGAACCUAUCGCCAUUAUCGGCAGCGGCUGUAGGUUCCCCGGAGGUGCAAACUCCCCUUCCAAACUGUGGGAGCUGCUCCGGGAACCUCGAGAUAUACUCUGUGAGAUUCCUCCAAGCCGCUUCAACGUUGGCGGGUUUCAUCACGCAGACUCCCAAUUCCCCGGCCACACCAAUGUCAAGCACUCCUAUCUUCUCGAAGAAGAUAUCUCCGAGUUCGAUGCCCAGUUCUUCAACAUCACCGCUCCCGAAGCCAUAGCCAUGGACCCUCAACAGCGCCUCCUUCUCGAGACAGUAUACGAGGGCUUAGAGAGCGCCGGUCUGACCAUUGAAGGUCUCAAGGGCUCCAACACGGGUGUUUACGUCGGCGUUAUGUAUGUCGACUACGAGGCUUUACAAUUUCGUGACUUGCAGCACGUACCAACGUACCUUGCAAUCGGUACUGCUCGAAGUAUCGUUUCCAACAGGAUUUCAUACUUCUUUGACUGGCACGGACCCUCACUGACAGUCGACACCGCCUGCUCGUCAAGUCUGGUUGCCGUGCACCAGGCAAUACAGGCUCUGCGGUCUGGCGAGGUUCGCGUCGCACUGGCAGCCGGAAGUAAUCUGCUUCUCGGCCCGGAGCCAUACAUCCACGAGAGCAAGCUGAAAAUGCUGUCUCCCGACGGCCGGUCUCGCAUGUGGGACCAAGGGGCAAACGGCUACGCCCGUGGUGACGGCGUUGCUGCUGUCGUUCUCAAGACGCUAAACGCCGCCAUUGCAGAUGGAGACCAUAUCGAAGCCAUCGUCCGAGAGACGGGUGUGAACCAGGAUGGUCGUAGCCGUGGUAUCACAAUGCCCAGCGCAGCAUCACAGGCGUCACUCAUCCGCGCUACCUAUGCCAAGGCGGGCCUUGAUCCGGAAUCCCAGACAGACCGGUGUCAGUAUUUUGAAGCUCACGGCACGGGGACACCGGCUGGCGACCCGGUCGAGGCCGAGGCUGUGCACACGGCGUUCUUCGGUAACGAAGACGCCGACGCGGACCGCCUCCUCGUCGGGUCUAUCAAGACCAUAAUCGGCCACACAGAGAGCACCGCUGGCCUGGCCGGAAUCCUGAAGGUCGUGCAGGCCAUGCGACACGGCUACGUGCCGCCCAACAUGCUGCUGGAGAAGCUCAACCCAGACGUCCUGCCUUUUUACAGUCACUUGAGAAUCCCCCAGGAGCUCACUCCGUGGCCACUUCUCCCGCCCGGUCAGACCCGUCGUGCUAGCGUAAACAGCUUUGGGUUCGGAGGAACCAAUGCGCACAUCAUCCUUGAGAGCUUUGAGCCGUCCAAUUCCGAGGGCGACAAGGACGUCCAAAGCGAGCACCCCGACACCAACCCUUCGGACCUUUCUUGGACUCUGCGCUCUCGCCGCUCUCGUCUGCCCCUGCGACUCGCACUGCCAUCCUCCACCAUUGAGGUGCUCCAGACCAACCUGAAAGGCAUCAUUGGAAACAGCAAUUUCCAGCUUGACUCCAAAGCCGCCGGUACCAGCACCAAGGAAACUCGACUUCUGGGUGUCUUUACCGGUCAAGGCGCGCAGUGGGCUCGCAUGGGCGCCGAGCUCGUUGAGACCUCCCAAUAUGCGGCCGACUUGUUGGCCAUCAUGGACGACGCCUUGGCACAACUUCCCGAGGCAGAUCGUCCAUCCUGGACCUUGAGGGAGCAGCUUCUGGCGGAUGCAAAGUCGAGUCAUGUCGGUACUGCUUCUGUCGCACAGCCUCUCUGCACUGCUGUUCAGGUCCUCCUCGUCGAGCUCCUUCGCCAAUGCGGUAUCACUUUCGCCGCCGUCGUCGGCCAUUCCUCUGGCGAGAUCGGGGCCGCGUUUGCCCAAGGUGCUUUGUCUGCUGAGGACGCCAUCCGCAUAGCACAUUAUCGUGGUCUGCAUUCUCGUCUGGCUGCAGGCCCGGAGGGAGCACAGGGUGCCAUGCUUGCAGUUGGGACAACCUUGGAGGAUGCCGAAUCCCUUUGCAAUGAUGACUACUUCUUGGGCAAAGCCAAAGUCGCUGCAUGCAACUCAUCCUCCAGCAUCACCAUCUCCGGCGAUGAAGAUGCAAUUGAGGAGAUGAUUGCGAUUUUUGAGGAUGAGAAUAAGUUUGUCCGACGUCUGCGGGUGGACAAGGCUUACCAUUCGCACCACAUGGUCCCUUGCUCACAACCAUACCUGGACUCUAUGAAGCUUCUCCCCGUCACCAUGCAGAAAUCCCACCCGAAUUGCAUCUGGGUGUCCAGCGUCAAUCCAGACCGCUCUCUGGAUAUGUCUGGCAGUCUGGAUGCCUUAUACUGGGUAGACAACCUCCUCUCACCAGUACUUUUCAUGCAAGCAGUUGAGAAGGCCAUGCAUCUUGGUCCCUUCGAUGCCGCGAUUGAAAUCCCAUAUACAGGACUGCUUCAACGCAACACCAACGCAGUCCAGAGCGUUUCAUCUGCGCUUGGGUACAUAUGGACGCACGUCGAUAAUCUCAACAUCGACUUUGACAGCUAUGAAGCUGCAAUGGGUGGCACGAAGUCGCACCGUUUCAUCUCGGAUCUGCCAACAUAUCAAUGGAACCAUUCUCAAGGAUAUUGGCACGAAUCCAACCUCUCCCGAAACCUGCGCGCAAGGAGCCAACCUGUUCACCAACUUCUCGGGGAUCUGCAGCCCCAGAGCUCAUCCCAUCAGGUUACAUGGAAAGCCAUCCUGCGUCCCCAAGAUCUUCCAUGGGUUCACCACCACAAGAUCCAAGGCCAGACGGUCUUCCCAGCAGCGGCAUAUGCGGCCACGGCGUUUGAGACAAUUCCCUUCCUCGCAGAACAAACGCCUGUGCAGCUCAUGGAGGUCAAAGACCUAGUGAUCCAUCAGGCUCUGGUAUUCGGGAAGGAGGAGCAAGAGUCUGGCAUCGAGGUCCGGUCUGUGGUCAGCAAUAUACACCGCCAGGACCCUGCCUCCAUCACAGCGCAUUUCACAUACGAGGCGUGCAUCGGAUCCCAGAAGGACUUCCAGCUUGUAGCCAGCUGCGAGAUAUCAAUCUUUCUGGGCAAGCCGUCUCGCGAAGUACUUCCGGCAACGCCUCGCAUCGAGCCUUACAUGGUUGACGUUGACACCGAGCUCGCGUACUCUUCCCUGAACAAUGUCGGAUAUGGAUACACGGGUCCUUUCAAAGCUCUGUCUGGAUUGAAGCGGAAGCUUGGCAAGGCGUCUGGCUCUCUUGCCCUGGCAGCCCCCGGAUCUGACGAUGAGGUUCUCACCAUCCAUCCUGCAGUUCUGGACGCUGCCUUCCAUUCCAUCAUCUUGACCUUCAGCUACCCUGAGGACGGCAGACUUUGGAGCCUUCAUCUGCCAACUCGCAUCGACAAAAUCAGGGUCAACCCUUCUCUGUGCGGACGUCAUUGGUCAGGCGCUGCGGAAGUCGCAUUUGUCUCGUCAAUGUCAGACGAAGACCAGUCUAGAGACACCUCUGGAUUCAAGGGUGAUGUCGACAUCCACGGCCAUGAUGGGGAGUUCACUGCUGUCCAGGUGGAAGGUCUCCAUGUUGUCCCCUUCACCCCUGCUUCCUCAGCAGACGACCAGCAGCAGUUUUAUGCGAUGCACUGGGUUCAGUCCGAGCCCAACGCCGACAUCCCGGGAACGUACGAGGCCUCAGCGCAAGACAAGGAGAUUGCAAGCAUUCUCGAGCGUGGUAGCUACUUCUACCUCCGACAACUCGAGCACCAGAUCCCAGAGGAUCACCCCGGACGGGCUGACCCGUACAAUGCCGCCUACCUGUCCUUCACCUCCCAUGAUAUCCUUGUCCUCUCCGAGCCGUUCUCUGAGAAACCAGAGGUCAAGGCCAUGCAUGUCGUCGGAGAGCAGAUGCCGCAAGCUAUCCUCGGAAAGACAACCAUGCUUGAGCACCUGAUGAAUAACGGGCUAUUGGCCGACUACUACGCCCAAGCUCGAAGCAUCACCCGAGGCACCGUGCUCCUAGCUGAGACUGUCGUGCAGAUUCUGCAGCGGUACCCAGAGAGCAAGAUUCUGGAAGUCGGUGCCGGCACCGGGCAGGCCACUCGAGAGAUUCUUAAGCGCGUUGACAAUCACUUUUCGACUUACACAUUCACAGAUGUUUCAGCAGCCUUCUUCGACAAAGCCGAGGAGGAGUUUUCGGCAUUUGAGGACCGCAUGAUUUACAGCGUCCUGGACCUCGAGCAGGACAUGAAGACGCAAGGUUUAGAAGAGCAUUCCUACGACAUAAUUGUCGCCUCGUUUGUCCUCCAUGCCACAAAGAGCAUCGAGCAGACUGUUCGUCGCGUACGGUCGCUGUUGAAGCCUGGUGGUUAUCUGGUCCUCUAUGAGGUCACAAACACCGACAUCAUCCGCGGCACCGCCCUUUUCGGGUGUCUCCCUGGAUGGUGGCAAGGCGUGGAGGAAGGCAGGACCCUGGGCGCUUGCAUUUCCGAGUCCGAAUGGGAUGCCAUCCUGCGCAAGACGGGAUUCUCCGGGGUUGACACAAUGACGCCAGUCAAGGAUGCCAUUUCUCUUCCUAAUUCGGUCAUGGUCUCACAGGCAGUCGAUGACUGGGUUGAAUUCAUUCGAGAGCCCCUCAUGGCAUCCCCUUCGCUGUUUGUCGGACAGCCUCUCAUCAAGAACCUCUUCAUCAUUGGAGGAACAACUUUGCGGGUAUCUCGCUUGGCGCAGGACAUUCGAAAGCUCAUCCACAAUUUCUGCGACUACAUCACGACGAUUGGGUCUCUGGAGAUGCUCAGUGAUGCCGAGAUUGGCAAGAACGACACCGUCCUUGUUCUGGAGGAUCUGGACCACCCCAUCUUCAAAAACAUCACGGAGGCCCGAUGGGACGGACUCAAGCACCUCUUCGGCUCCGAGAAGUCCAUCGCGUGGAUUACCCAAGAUCGCAUGACCAGCAACCCCUUUGGAAACAUGGGAGUGGGAUUCGCUCGAUCGGCUCUGUGGGAGAUCCCAGAGAUCCGCUACCAAUUCAUCGACUUCCAGGAUGUGGGCCGAAUCGACGCGAGGGCGUUGUUGGUUCCUCGGAUGAGGCCCGUCAGUGCUGCCAACGAUCGGUACAAUUCGGCGCGACGAUCCAUUGUCAAGGAUUCUCAGACUGCGAACUCUCGGAUCUCUAUCGAGAAUGAAGAUGAUCAGUACACCCUCGUCGAACGGGAUCCACUGGCCAGAGACUAUUGUGACCAUGCCGGCGUUGUGACCUUGAAUCUGACACAUUCCACCUUGAAUGCCAUCAAGACCGAUAUCGGCGAUGCAUUCUUGAUACUGGGAAGUUGCUCGUCGACUGGUGCUCAGUACCUGGGCCUUUGCGAAUCUGUUGCCUCUGUCAUCGACAUACCCCGGGAGAAUCUGGUCUCUUGUUCUGUUGAUCCAAAGUCUGCGGUGGCGUUCUUGGCAGAUGUUGCUGCACACCUUCUGCUGCCAACACUCACGAGUUCCCUGACCGAGGGUGAUACUCUUCUCAUCCACGAUGCUCCCGAGUCCGUGAUGAGGUUGCUCGGUAGCCGUUUCAGGUCAGCCGCCAUCAGGUUAGUUUGUACUACUUCGUCGAGGGAAGUCGCGGAUCACAGUGGCGCCAUCUACGUCGGUCGAUACAUGCGCCAAUCCGAUAUCAGGGCGCUUCUUCCCACUACUAUCUCUCGAUGCAUCGACCUCACAACUAGAUAUGAAGUAUCAUCGGUCGCUUCUUGCUUGUCAGCCGGCGUUCCCAAGGUCAGCAUGACCUCGAUGUUCACUGCAAAUGCAAAGAUACACCCAGUUUCUGGCAACGUCAUCAACAAGCUUCUCGCAACCGCGACAGCCGAUGUACUUUCAGUCACAGUGGAAGAUUAUACAGCGAUAAGCCUUGUCAAUAUCCAAGAGCUGGAAACGUCCGAGGAAACCCCCAGCGCACUUACAAUCAUUGACUGGGAUGCCUCUUCUGUGUCCAUUACUGUCCAGCCCGCCAUGGCCUGUUUCAGGCCAGAUCGGAGUUACUGGUUGGUGGGACUCUCUGGAGAUCUCGGUAUCUCCAUCGCAGACUGGAUGAUUAGGAACGGUGCCAAUUAUCUGGUCAUCACCAGCCGCAACCCGAAGAUUGAUGAGAGAUGGCUUAAGAGCACGGAAGCAAGAGGCGCGACGGUCCGUAUCGUGGCAUGUGACCUCACCGACUAUGACGCACUUGCGCAGGCGCACCGAGAAAUUUCUAGCUCGCUUCCCCCUAUUGUCGGUGUAUACCAGGGAGCCAUGAUUCUUCUAGACAUGGCGCUCCGCGACAUGGGAGUGCAGGACUUCAACCACGUUCUCCAUCCCAAGGUUGAGGGCAGUCUCAACCUCGACCGUGUUUUGGGAGAUGAGCAGCUGGAUUUCUUCAUCUUCUUCUCUUCUGUUGCCACUGUGGCAGGCAACCCCGGUCAGGCAGGAUACACGACUGCCAACAUGUUCAUGAGCGGCAUGGCUCAGCAAAGGCGCCAACGUGGUCUGCCGGCGUCCGUUGUGGAACUCGGCCUGAUAAUGGGGACGGGAUACAUUACCCGCGAGAAGGGUAACGUCCUGACGCGUCCUUCGUUUGAACGAGGCCUCUUGACGAUAUCCGAGUAUGACGUUCACCAGACGCUGGCCGAAGCCAUCCAAUAUGGCCAUCCCCAGUCGGGUGCCGAGUGGCAGAUUUCCAUCGGGCUGAGGAGGAUGUCUGCCAACGCGCCAAAUCGGCCGCAGUGGUAUAGCUAUCCUCAGUUCGCAUGUCUCACAGAAAGGUCCGCCGUUGAGGACACGAGCGCUGUUGGCACGCAGGCUGGCCCGUGUAUCAAGGACUUACUGGCCGCCGCGAUGACGAGAGAUGAUGUUGAGAAGAUCAUCACUGAAUCUUUUAUUUCCGAGAUGCGCAAGAUGCUUCAUCUCAGCGACGACUACGCCAUCACACCAGCCGUCCGGACUGAUGACCUGGGCCUCGACUCUCUUGUUGCCGUCAGAAUCAGAUCCUGGUUCCUCAACAAUUUCCAGGUCAACAUCCCUGCACUCCGCAUUUUAAAGGGUGAAGCACUCCAGGGUCUCAUCGGCCAUGCUAUGGAGGAGAUUCCAGAGGAGCUAGUACCUGGGUUGUUCUCAUCCAAAUCGGAAGACAAUUCUUCGUCCUCUGAGGCGCUGUCGCAAAAGUCUGGUACACCUCCGUCUACGGCGUCCAAGACGGAAAUUUCAUCCGUUACCAACGGAGAUAUCGGUACCAAGGAGGAUACGGAGCUGGUUUCACAGGAACUCCAAUUGGAAAGGUUCGGGCCCUUGUCUUACACCCAGUCAGUAUUCUUGUUCGUGCACGAACUCCUGCCUGACAAGACCACCCUGAACAACACAGUCAUGAUUCAUCUGAGUGGAGAAGUGCGCAUUCCCGAUCUUGACCGCGCCGUCCGAGCACUAGGAGAGCGUCAUGAAUCGCUGCGAAGCUGCAUUUGCGAGCGUGAUGGCCAACCUAGCCAAGGAAUCAUGACGAACGCUUCCUUCGCCCUUGAGCACAAGAGGGUCUACAGCAAAGAAGAUAUUGCCGACGAGUAUGCAGGGCUCCGUGGCCACGUCUUCGAUCUGGACCGUGGCCAGACCAGCCGCACGAUCCUGCUUUCAUACUCUCCACGAGAUCAUUACCUCUUGAUGAGCUCGCACCACAUCUUCUUCGACCGAGCCAGCAAUGAUGCCGUCAUGGGCGACCUAGAGCGACUGCAGUACUCGUCAGGGGAAUGGGAUGCAGCCAUCAACUUUUGGCACCGAGAAUUCAACACCAUUCCCGAACCUCUGUCCCUCCACCGCAGCCAGAUCUCUGAGCGACAGCCCCUCGAGCGCUACGCAUCUCGUAUCUCAGAUUUCUGCAUCGACAAGCAGCUCUCGGCAAAGAUCCGUCAAGUCGCCAGGGCACACCGCGCUACACCAUUCCACUUCCAUCUCGCCGCCUUCAAGGUACUGCUGCAUCGAUUCAUCGGCACUACCGACGUCUGCAUUGGUAUCGCAGACAGCUGCCGCAGGGAUGACCAGAUGACCACCGGUAUCGGCCCGUUCCUCAAUAUGCUUCCCUUGCGCAUGACGGCCAACGCGGAACAGCCUUUCCUUGGUGCCCUGGAUGAGGCGCGGCAAAAGAGCUUCGCCGUCCUCGCCAACUCCAUCCCUCUCGAAGUCAUCCUGAAUGAGCUCAGAGUCUCGCGCCAGGCUACCCAUACACCCUUGGCGCAGGCGUUCAUGAACUACGCUGAGAACAAUCUCGAGGAUGGCCAAGAGUUCCUCGGGUGCCGCAUGACGAUGAUGAAGCAGGAGAUGGCCGAGCUUCCUUAUGACAUCACCUUCACCGUCAUCAACAACACCACAGGCGACACGCGCAUCCUACUCAACCUGCAGGAGUCGCUGUACACGGAUUCCAGCGCACAGAUCUUGCGUGAUGGGUAUGAGGACAUUCUCCGCGAGUUUGCAAACGAACCAAAUCAGGUGGUUGGCAGCAAGUGGAACUUCAGGCCUGAUGUUCUGCAGAACGCUCUUGCAUUGGGACGCGGCGCUCCAUUCGAGUCUUUGUGGCCUGAAACUCUCAUUCAUAGAUUUGAGGGCCUUUUCCCGACGAUUUCUGAGAGGGUUGCGGUUACCGACAACACUGGCGGCUCAAUUACCUAUGCGCAGCUUUCUGCCCAAGCGAACAUGAUUGCAUCUGAGCUCCUUCGCCAAGGUGUACAGCCCGGCUCCAGAGUGGCUGUCUUCCAGAACCCGUCAACCUGCUGGGUCCCUUCCCUUCUCGCGAUUCUUACGAUUGGCGCGGUCUAUGUUCCGCUAGACGUCAACACUCCGAUCGCAAGACUCUCCCUCAUGGUGCGCGACUGUCGGCCCGCCUAUAUUCUCGUCCACGGCUUGACCGCAGACGAGGCAGAGGGUCUACAGGUCGAACCGGGUACAGCCCUGGUCGACGUAUCAUCCUUGGAAGCUUCAAGUCAGGAGGCGGUUCCCAACCUUGCUCGACCGGACGCACCAGCCAUCAUCCUCUACACCAGCGGUUCAACCGGGGUUCCAAAGGGAGUCAUCCUGCGCCAUGAAAGCUUAAGGCAUGAGUUCGAUCAUUGCGCUGCCACGUAUGAGCUGACCCAGAACGACGUUGUGCUUCAGCAAAGCGCGUGGAGCUUUGAUCUGUCCGUGACGCAGAUAUUUUUGGCCCUCGGCGUGGGAGCCCAACUGCACACGGUCUCCCACACCAUGCGCGCGGACUCACACGCGAUGGCUGAGCUGAUCAAAAGUCGAGGUGUAACGGCCACCUAUGCAACUCCAACUGAGUACAAGAGUUGGCUGAGGCGUGAGAGCCAGGAGGUGUUGCGGUCUUCCGUUUGGCGCCUGGCUCUCGUUGCCGGAGAGGCCAUCACCGAACCGCUUCUUGAGCUCUUUCGUGAGAUGAACCGCGAUAAUCUACGACUCUUCAAUGUGUAUGGUCCUACCGAGACGACAUGCGGAUCGACCAAGAUGGAGUUGUCAUGGCGUGUUCCUGGAUUUUACCAAGGCACUAUACCGGUCGGAGCGGCUUCUGCAAACGAGCGGUUCUACAUUCUGGACGCUAGCCAGAGCCUCCAGCCUGUAGGUCAGACGGGUGAGAUUGCCAUUGGAGGUGUUGGGGUGGCCAUGGGCUACUUGAACUUGGACGAGCGAAGUCGGGAAUCUUUCUUGCCUGACCCCUUCGCAUCCGAGGACGAUCUAAAGCGGGGGUGGACAGCCAUGUACCGAACAGGCGACGUCGGCUUCCUACAGCCCGAUGGCACGCUCGUGCUGAAGGGCCGCAUCGGAGAUGACACAGAGGUCAAGCUCAACGGCGUGCGUAUCGACUUGAAGGAUGUGGAGAAGACUGUCCUGCAAGCUUCUGGUGGUGUUCUCUCCGACGCCGUGGCGUCUCUCCGCACCAGCGCAGAAGGGACGGUCAAGUUCAUGGUCGUCCAUGUCGUCUUUUCAGCCGGAAACCUAUCCGAAGACAAGGGCAGCUACUGGGAAGCCGUGAUUCCCGAGGAGCUGGUGGGACUGUACGAAAUCGAAGCCAACUCUGACUUUUUCACCAUCGGAGGUAACUCCCUCCUGUUGAUUGAGCUUCAGGGGCGGAUUCGUGCGGACCUUGGCAUCUCCAUCGCCCUGCCCAAGCUUUUCCAAUCGGCCACUCUGCGUUCGAUGGCUCGACUUCUUCCCGGGAUGGACGACAUCGAACCAGAGCUUGACAACCGAAUCGACUGGACUAGCGAGACCGCACUUGUUCCAGGAGACUUGGCUGCUAGGCUGCAGAAUACCAAUGCAGUCGCAGAGAUUCCCCGUGUCGUUGUUCUGACGGGAGUCACGGGCUUCCUCGGCCAAUACUUGGCCAGGUCCCUCGUGGACAACGAGAAUGUCCAGAAAGUCAUAUGCAUAGCCGUCAGAAACUCCAAGGACAAGAGUCGUCAAGAUCUCCUCUCCGAGCUCGGACCCAAGGCAGAAUUCCACGAAGGUGACUUGAGUUUGCCUCGUCUCGGUCUUGCAGAGAACAAAGCGCUCCGCAUAUUCCAGUCCGCCGAUGCAGUCAUCCACAAUGGCGCCGACGUCUCGCAUCUAAAGACAUACAGUUCUCUCCGCGCUGCUAAUUUCGGCGCGACGCAGGAGCUCGUCCGAUUGUGCUGUCCCCGUCAGAUCAGCCUGCAUUAUGUAUCCACGACAGGCGUCGCCAUGUACACGCCCUUCCAAGAACUCGGCGAAGUCUCUGUUCGCGAGCACACGCCGCCAGAAGAUGGCCAACACGGCUACGUCGCGUCGAAGUGGGCCAGCGAGGUAUACCUCGAGAACGUCCACGCGGAAUGUGGCCUGCCGGUCUACAUCCACCGACCGUCGAGCAUCGUGCGUCCCGAGGCCGACAGGACAGGCGAGAACCCGGCGGCUGAUGUUUUGCAAAAUAUGCUCGACUACUCGCGCCGCGUGCGCGCCGUGCCAGAAGCGCCUGGCCUGAGCGGGUUCGUCGAUCUAGUGAAGUCAGAGACUGUCACGCGCGGGGUGGUGAGCACUGUCAUGUCUGGAUCGAAGGAGGAUGAGGUGGUUUACGUUCACGAAUCGGGUGAUUUGGAGUUGGACGUGAGACAGAUCGGAGAGUAUCUGAAGAGCGAGACGGGGGGUGAAGUUGAGGUGCUGGCGCUGGAUGCGUGGAUUGCUUGCGUCGAAGAUAUUGGAUUGUCGCCUGCCAUGGCUGCUGUGUUCCAGAGCUCUCUGGGAUCUGGACAGCUUAUGAAUCUGCCCAGGUUGCUGAGGCGAGGAUGA